AUCUUCCUUCACCUUCUCCAUUAGAUCUCAGAUCCCGAUUCCGUCUCCUCCGCCCCACAAAUAUCAUUUCCUCCACCGGAGAUCACAUCUUUUCCAUCUCUCUCCCCCCUCAGAUCUAGCGUAUUAAGAGUUUGACUCAAAACCACACCAUGGCGUUGAGCAUACGCAAAGCGAUCGGCGUUGUCAAGGACCAGACAAGCAUCAGCAUAGCCAAGGUAGCAAGCAACAUAGCGCCAGAUCUGGAAGUGGCGAUCGUGAAAGCCACAAGCCACGACGACGACCAGUCAACGGAGAAGUACAUCCGCGAGAUCCUCAGCUUAACAUCCCUCUCACGCGGCUACGUCCACGCCUGCGUCACCUCCGUCUCUCGCCGUCUCACCAAGACUCGCGACUGGAUCGUCGCUCUCAAGGCCCUGAUGCUGGUCCACCGUCUCCUCAACGACGGCGACCCUCUUUUCCAGGAGGAGAUCCUCUACGCGACCAGGCGAGGUACGAGGAUUCUCAACAUGUCGGAUUUUCGCGAUGAGGCUCAUUCAAGUUCGUGGGAUCACUCUGCUUUCGUCAGGACGUAUGCUAGUUACUUGGAUCAGAGGCUUGAGUUGGCUCUUUUCGAGAGGAAAGGGAAGAAUGGGAGUGGGAGUAGUCAUCAGAGUAAUAAUGGUGAGUCUAGAGAUGAUUUUCGGUCUCCACCGUCGAGAGGUUAUGAUUAUGAGAAUGGUUAUGGUAUGCAUAAGAAGUCUCGGUCUUUUGGAGAUGUGAGUGAGAUUGGUGGAGGGAAAGAUGUUGUUACUCCUUUGAGAGAUAUGCCACCAGAGAAGAUUUUUGGAAAGAUGGGGCACUUGCAGAGGCUGCUUGAUCGGUUCUUGUCUUCUCGACCUACCGGUUUAGCUAAAAGCAGUAGGAUGAUCUUGGUGGCGAUGUAUCCGAUUGUGAAGGAGAGUUUUAGGCUUUAUGCUGAUAUCUGUGAGGUUUUGGCUGUUCUGCUUGACAAGUUUUUUGAGAUGGAGUAUACGGAUUGUGUUAAGGCCUUUGAUGCUUACGCUAGUGCGGCUAAACAGAUUGAUGAGCUCAUUGCGUUUUACCAUUGGUGUAAGGAUACUGGUGUGGCGAGAUCUUCUGAGUAUCCUGAGGUUCAGAGGAUUACUAGUAAGUUGUUGGAGACGCUUGAGGAGUUUGUGAGGGAUAGAGCUAAGAGGGGGAAGAGUCCUGAGAGGAAGGAGAUAGAAGCUCCUCCUCCUGCUCCGGUGGAGGAGCCAGUGGAGGAUAUGAAUGAGAUCAAAGCGCUUCCUCCUCCAGAGAACUACACUCCUCCACCUCCACCACCUCCCAAGCCAGAGCCGGUACCGCAGCAACCGCAAGUAACCAAUGAUCUAGUUGACCUGAGGGAGGAUGGUGUUAGUGGUGAUGACCAAGGAAACAAGUUUGCUCUUGCUCUCUUUGCUGGUCCUGCUAGUAGUAACGGAAAAUGGGAAGCUUUCUCCUCUGAUAACAGCGAAGUGACAUCAGCUUGGCAGAAUCCAGCAGCUGAACAAGGUAAGGCGGAUUGGGAACUUGCGUUGGUUGAGACAGCUAGUAAUCUCGAGCAUCAGAAAGCGGCAAUGGGAGGUGGUUUAGACCCGUUGUUGCUCAACGGUAUGUACGAUCAAGGAGCUGUUAGACAACACGUGAGCACCUCUGAGUUAACAGGUGGAAGUUCAAGCAGCGUGGCGCUGCCUUUACCGAGUAAAACCAACAGCCACAUACUAGCACUCCCUGCACCUGAUGGAACCGUUCAGAAAGUGAACCAAGACCCUUUCGCUGCUUCCCUAAUGGUCCCACCUCCUUCGUAUGUGCAAAUGGCUGAGAUGGACAAAAAGCAGUAUCUAUUGACACAGGAGCAGCAGCUAUGGCAGCAGUAUCAGCAAGAAGGAAUGAGAGGUCAAGCUAGUUUGGCUAAGAUGAGUCCUGCCCCAAACGGAAUGCCUUAUGGGAUGCCACCGGUUAAUGGGAUGGGACAGCCACCGAUGGGGUAUUACUACAACAACCCUUACUGAUAUCAUUUGGCUUUUUUUCUUUUCUUUUUUUUUUACAUAAAUAUAUAUAUAUUUUCCGACCAAUAUAAUUACUUUGUGUUACAAUCCUGUUUCUUCUUGUAUUGUUUCCGGUUAUGACUCUGCUUGAACGUGUGAGACUUUUUCCCUCUUUUGAGUUUGAUUAAUAAGUCACCGAAACAUUUUUCUCGAAUUUGUAAAACAUUGAAUUCUUAUGAGAUCGCUUGGUUAUCUUUGCCCGUUUGUGUUUGAGCUGGGUGAAGCUAGCGAGUAGCGGCUGGUAAAUGUAAUUAUCUUUCUGUUUUUGUUUGACUAAAUUUGUUUAUCGCUGUAUGAUGUUACGCUUCUAAUCAAACAGGUUGUGG